UAUACACACUAUAUAUAUACACACGCACAGCACGAGAAAUAUUAUGAAAAACCCUUGUGUAAUAAAACUCCUGAAUUCUCUCCGAUUAAUUGCUUCUGAGUAUGAACACCAAAGGGGUUUUGUUUGAUUUAUACUAUGUUGUUUUCUUGGUCUUAUUGAUUACGGUUCCAGCAAAUCUUGUACAGGGACGCCUUCUCUCCAUCCCCAGACCUCCUCCGGAAAACGCUGCCCACUUUGCUCGGUGGUUGGCCUCUCAGUGUUCUUGGGGAGUUCUCAGCACCAUCUCAAGUGAUUUGGGAGGAGCACCUUUUGGGAAUGUGGUUUCAUUUAGUGAUGGACUACCUGACAAAGGUCUUGGGAUCCCAUACUUUUAUUUGACUACUCUUGACCCAACAGCACGUAAUGCAUUUGAAGACCCCAGAUCUUCCUUUACAAUUAGUGAGUACCCACUUGGAACAUGUGGCAAGAGAGACCCUGAGAGCCCUGCUUGUGCAAAGAUGACACUCACAGGAAAGUUGAAGCUAGUUGAUGGGAACACUGAUGAAGCUGAAUUUGCUCAAACUGCCCUGUUCACGAAGCAUCCUGAGAUGAAAGAUUGGCCCAAUGGCCACCAGUUUCAGUUCUUCAAACUAGAAAUUGAAGAUGUUUUUUUGGUUAACUGGUUUGGUGGUCACAGAGCUCUUACAGUGGAGCAGUACCUGCAGGCUGAAAUGAACAAACUCUCCUUCCUUGAGCGAAUUCUUUUGUGAACCCCUUCUCUCUGAUGCAUUUGGAUGUUAGAUGCGAACCAGUUCAUUGUAUAUGUUCAACCCAUUGUACAUUUGCUUGUAUAUCAAUAUCAACUUCUACCGUGUAACUUUUCCCAUAUGCUGUUUAUUUCAAAAAGGUGUAUAAAAUAAUGAAGGUAAAUAAGGGCUUAAACAAUGGCUCAUUAUUAGUCGUAAAUGUAUUAGACCAUGGAUGCACUAUUUGCUUUUCGGUGUGAAUGUUCGUGAAUUUGCUUUUCCCUGUUUAA